AAUGUAACUGAAAGAGAAAGUAAAAAAGAAAAAAAUUCAGGGAAGUCACUCCAUUAUCCUGCUUUAUCAUUCAGCGACAGCGCAGCCAUGCUGUUUUCUGACUGCUAGUUCCUAAAAGUUUUACAUUGAUCGAUUAUCCGACCCGACGCAGGUCAAAUCAGCCCCCCGCCGAGUUCAUCUGAGGUGAGACCGGAGGAGGAAAAUGUCCCGCGGCUCCAACGCUGGUUUUGACCGACACAUCACCAUUUUUUCACCUGAGGGCCGACUCUACCAAGUCGAGUAUGCCUUCAAAGCCAUCUCUCAGAGUGGGCUGACAUCUAUCGGAGUCCGAGGGUCGGACAGUGUGGUGGUGGUGACGCAAAAGAAAGUACCGGACAAGCUGCUGGACUCCUCCACUGUGACCAACAUGUUCCAUCUAACCCCUCGCAUCGGCUGUGUGAUGACGGGUCACAACGCGGACAGCCGCUCGCAGGUUCACCGGGCCCGAGUGGAGGCCGGAGAAUGGAAAUAUAAGUUUGGCUAUGACAUCACAGCGGACGUGUUGUGUCGCAGACUGGCGGAUAUUUCCCAGGUGUACACACAGAAUGCAGAGAUGAGACCACUAGGCUGCUGUAUGAUCCUGGUGGCGAUGGACCCCCAGCACGGCCCCGUCUUGUAUAAAUGUGACCCGGCAGGAUACUACUGCGGCUUCAGAGCCACGGCGGUCGGGGCCAAACAGACGGAGGCCAACAGCUACUUAGAGAAGAAACUCAAGAAGAAGCCAGAGUUGAGCCAUGACAGGGCAGUACAGAUGGCCAUAUCUUGUCUGGCCUCUGUGUUGUCGAUGGACUUCAAGGCCUCUGAGCUGGAGAUCGGUGUAGUGACCAAAGACAAGCCUAAGUUCAGGACCCUGUCGGAGGCUGAGAUCGAAGUCCACCUGGUUGCCAUAGCAGAGCGAGAGUAGAGGCGUCCUCACUGGCAGCAGUCAGCGAUUCUUUAGCAGGGGUGUCAAACUCAUUUUCAUUUCGAGCCGCAUCAAGAUCAUGAAUGUCCUCAAAGGGCCGAUUGUGGCAGAAUGUAUUAAUAAAACUUCCCAUAAGCAAACUGUUAAAAUUUGCAAUUUACUUCUUAAAAUAUAACAAUUUUUAAAACAUUUUUCUCACAUUGAUGUAAUUUGGUCCUAUACAAAUGAAAACAGAUUUGACUUCACUGAUAAUAUAAUAUUUAAACACACAACUCUUAUCUUAAAGUUCAAUUUACUUGACCUUCUAGAGCAGGGGUCUCAAACUCCAGUCCUCGAGGGCCGCAGUCCUGCAGUUUUUAGAUGUGCCACAGGUACAAAACACUGGAAUGAAAUGGCUUAAUUACCUCCUCCUUGUGUGGAUCAGUUCUCCAGAGCCUUGCUAAUGACCUAAUUAUUCUAUUCAGGUGUGGUGCAGCAGAGGCACAUCUAAAAGUUGCAGGACUGCGGCCCUCGAGGACUGGAGUUUGAGACCCCUGUUCUAGAGUCUAGAGAUAGCUACAGUGGGCCGGAUUUGGCUUGCGAACCUUGAGUUUGACACUUGUGCUUUGCGGCAUUUCAUGUUCAGUGUAGCUGCACCGCCGAUCGCAGUCAGAAAACAGCAAACAGCAUCCUUUUCUCUCUGUGUCAGGAGGAUGGAUCAUGUGCAUCUGAUAAUGAAACGCUGUUGGAAAGGGUUGAUGGAUGCAGGUUCAAUUCAGCUGACGACUCCAGUGAGGUUUUGAUGAUAAAAUCCACAGCAACAAUCCAACAGCUUAUUUGAUACUGUUUCUUUAGACCCUUCUAAAUUCAUCAACCGGGGGACUUAUUCCACCUCUGUAGCAACACUUCAUAAUAAAACAGGCUAGAAAACAGAAUAA